UAGUCUAUUUACUUAUUUACUACUGCUUUAAAGCCACGCUGUUAAGCUUUGUGGAGCUCCUCGUAGGUCACUGCAGCUGCUGGCUGCUGUCUGGCUCUCCGAGCUAUUCCUUUUUCGGACAGCAGAUAUAGUUUUAACAUGGGAAACACCCAGUGCCAAGUAUUUCUGAUGGUGCACGUUACGUCUACGCUUAUGAGUAAACGCUUAGGCUCACACAACAGCGCUGUGAUGCAAACCUUGGGGUGAGGGAUAGCUAUUUAGUGAUUAGCGAAAAGUAAGAACUGGGGCUGGGAACCUGCCGUUGUAUGGACGAGAAGAUCCUGGAAAGGAAGGUGGCCUCGUUUUCUGACAUAAUUAUUUAAGGUCGAUGGAGAGGGGUCCCCGCCGCCCCCCUCAAGUGCCGCGGCUGCUCCCCCGCCACCCCGCCCGGCUGCGCGACGGGGCCGGGGCGCGGAGAGCAGCGGGCGGAGCGGAGCAGGCGUGUCCCAGCCUCCCUCCUCCCAUUUCCCCGUGCGUCAGGGCCGGGAGGAGGAGGAGAAUCACCUUUUUUUUUUUCUUGAUUUUUUUUUUUUAAAAGCCUCCAACUACUUUAGCGCGGACUCGGCAGCAGAUGGUGGACACGGCCCGAGGUUUCGGCGGGGAGAGCGAAGGGAUGCGCCCAGCGCGCAGCGCCCGCCUGUAGCUCCGCGCCCGCUCCGCUCCCCCCAUGAGCCGCCCCGCGUCCCUGCUGCCGGCCGCCCGCUGCCGCAGCGCCCCGGCCAAGCGCCUCCAGCCCCUGCACGACGGCCCCGCCGAGGAAGCGCCGGCCGCCAAGUGCCCUCGGCUCGCCGAAUGCGGCCCCCCGGACUGCCUGAGCGCUCCCGGGUCGCCGUGUGCCCCCGCUUCUCCCGCCGGCGGCGGCGGCGCGGCGGGUCCCAGCCUGAUCGCCUCCUACCUGCUGCUGCCGCUGGCCGAGCGGGAGCAGGUGUCCAGGGCGCUGAGCGUCAGCUCGGGCCGGGAGCUGCGCUGCAAGGUGUUCCCCCUCAAACACUACCAGGACAAGAUCCGACCUUACAUUCAGCUGCCGUCACACAGAAACAUCACCGGGGUUGUCGAAGUCAUUCUCGGGGACACCAAGGCCUAUGUGUUCUUUGAAAAGGACUUUGGGGACAUGCACUCCUAUGUGAGGAGCUGCAAGAGGUUGAGGGAAGAGGAGGCUGCCCGGCUGUUCAAGCAGAUUGUCUCCGCUGUAGCUCACUGCCACCAGUCAGCCAUCGUACUUGGUGACCUCAAGCUCAGGAAAUUUGUCUUCUCUAAUGAAGAAAGGACUCAGCUGCGUCUAGAGAGCCUGGAAGACACACACAUCAUCAAAGGUGAAGACGAUGCACUCUCAGACAAGCACGGCUGCCCGGCGUAUGUCAGUCCUGAGAUCCUAAACACGACGGGGACUUACUCUGGAAAAUCGGCCGAUGUGUGGAGUUUGGGAGUGAUGCUUUAUACCCUGCUGGUGGGACGCUAUCCCUUCCAUGACUCGGACCCUAGCACUCUGUUUUCCAAAAUCCGGCGUGGACAGUUCUGUAUUCCUGACCACGUCUCCCCCAAAGCCCGCUGCCUCAUCCGCAGCCUCCUGCGGCGGGAACCUUCCGAAAGACUCACUGCUCCAGAGAUCUUGCUUCACCCUUGGUUCGAGGCAGUCUUGGAGCCUGGAUAUACAGACCAGGAGACGGGAGCUUCAGAUCAGAUUGUCCCAGAAUAUCACGGAGACAGUGAUGAUAUUAGUUCCUUCUUCUGCUAACCCUGAAAUCUGGAAAACCUCGUCGGUUCUUACCUCCGGCAUCUUUGUAGGGUUUCAUUUUUCCACGUCUGCAAACUCAACAGCAUCUUAAAGUGCCAGUAUGGUCAGAAAAGUGACCUUGUCUAAAUGAAUGCCACCCUGGAGGUCUCCACUCCCUAAGUGUACUCAGAGUUCCAUCCUCUUGCUCUGCUGGUCAGUCCCACCAGCCCCAGAGGACUUGUGCAGCCUUGUGAGAACUGUCUGGCUCUUCUGCCUCCCGCAUCCUCCUCCGGUGUAACUGGUCGCAUCCUGGCUGCAGAGUCUUAUGUCUGGCAAGGUGUGGGAUGGAAAGGCAGCUCCUUCUGCUUUCCUGCAGCGGCUGCAGAGGUGUGGAGCCCUGGCCACGAUGUGUAGGGGCAGAGGGGCACGUGGCGCACCUCUGCCUGAACAAAUCUGACAGAAAUGGUUAAAAGGGGAAUCGAGUCGGCGUGCCCCAGCAGCCAGCUCACAAAGCAGCUCUCUGACUGUAAGCACACAUUGAUGAGGGAAGGAGGUCUUCACCCACCACGGCCAGCUCACUGCUGCUCCUCCAGCUGAUCCCGCUUUCAGAGGCGUGAAGCUCCUAGAUCCACCCGUAAGACAAAUCUCUGCUGUGGCUCUUUCUGAAGCAGAAACCAGUGGAUCUCCCAGCUUAGAUCCCUUCUGGUUCCAUUCGCUGUCCAGGAAAGCAUUUUAAAUAGACUGAAGCCUCGUGUUACCACAGUGUAGCCUAUAUAACUUUAUGCCCUCAGCGAGCUUGUCAAGUAGCAGGUCUCGUUAGCUCCGAGUGCCAAAAUGUAUCCGUUUACCAAACCGUAACACUAUCGGCU